GGUUCAGUAUCUGCCGAAACCGGUUCUGCUCAGGUGCUCGGGAAGCAGGAGACCUGCCGGGUCACCUUCAGGUGGUGGUCCCUCAAGUCCAUCAGCAGCUCCAGGAUAUGGUGUGACCCGGAUGUCCUGGCGUCCACAGUACCGCAGCUCCAAGUUCCGGAACGUCUACGGGAAGGUGGCCAACCGGGAGCACUGCUUCGACGGUAUCCCCAUCACAAAAAAUGUGCACGAUAACCACUUCUGUGCUGUCAACACCCGCUUCUUGGCCAUUGUCACCGAGAGCGCGGGAGGUGGCUCCUUCCUGGUCAUCCCCCUGGAGCAGACGGGCAGGAUUGAACCCAACUACCCCAAGGUCUGUGGUCACCAGGGCAACGUGCUGGACAUCAAGUGGAACCCAUUCAUUGACAACAUCAUUGCCUCGUGCUCAGAGGACACAUCGGUGCGGAUCUGGGAGAUCCCCGAGGGGGGGUUGAAGCGGAACAUGACAGAGGCUCUCCUGGAGCUGCACGGGCACAGCCGGCGCGUGGGGCUGGUCGAGUGGCACCCCACUACCAACAACAUCCUAUUCAGUGCUGGCUAUGACUACAAGGUCCUCAUCUGGAACCUGGACGUGGGUGAGCCGGUGAAGAUGAUAGACUGCCACUCGGAUGUGAUCCUCUGCAUGUCCUUCAACACGGACGGCAGCCUGCUCACCACCACGUGCAAGGACAAGAAGCUUCGUGUGAUCGAGCCCCGCUCCGGCCGCGUCCUGCAGGAGGCAAACUGCAAAAACCACAGAGUGAACCGGGUGGUGUUCCUGGGAAACAUGAAACGGCUUCUCACGACAGGGGUCUCCAGGUGGAACACGAGACAAAUCGCCCUCUGGGACCAGGAGGACCUGUCCAUGCCCCUGAUCGAGGAGGAAAUUGAUGGGCUGUCAGGCCUCCUGUUUCCCUUCUACGAUGCUGACACCCACAUGCUCUACCUGGCUGGAAAGGGAGAUGGAAACAUCCGGUACUACGAGAUCAGCACUGAGAAGCCCUUCUUGAGUUACCUCAUGGAGUUCCGCUCCCCAGCCCCACAGAAAGGCCUAGGGGUCAUGCCCAAGCAUGGGCUGGAUGUGUCAGCCUGCGAGGUGUUCCGCUUCUACAAGCUGGUGACUCUCAAGGGCCUGAUCGAGCCCAUCUCUAUGAUCGUGCCCCGGAGGUCGGAUUCCUACCAGGAAGACAUUUACCCCAUGACGCCAGGCACGGAGCCAGCUCUGACCCCCGAUGAAUGGCUGGGGGGCAUCAACCGAGAUCCUGUGCUGAUGUCUUUGAAGGAAGGCUAUAAGAAGUCCUCAAAAAUGGUAUUUAAGGCUCCCAUCAAAGAAAAGAAGAGCGUUGUGGUCAAUGGAAUAGAUUUAUUAGAGAAUGUCCCGCCCAGGACAGAGAACGAGCUCCUCCGAAUGUUCUUCCGGCAGCAGGAUGAGAUCCGGCGGAUGAAAGAGGAGCUGGCCCAGAAGGACAUCCGCAUUCGGCAGCUGCAGCUGGAGCUGAAAAACUUGCGCAACAGCCCCAAGAACUGUUAGCUCCCCGGCGGGGCUGCCUUCUAAGCUGACCUCCGAUCUCUCCGUGGUGUCUCCGCGCCCCUAACUCCCCCUUCUCCGGCGCCCCCAGAGACAGAGCGGGGACUGGAGCUGGGGAACAGCCUGACAACCCCCACCUGGCCGCCGCCAGGACUGGAAGCUGACCUUUGACCUCUCGACCUCCUGCUGAGAAAGUCCCCAGCCUCUCCUGGAGACCCACCGCUGGAGACCCACCCCUGCCCUGCCUUUGCCUGGGAGGGGCGAAGACCAUGGACUCCCUGCAGGGCGCCCUCAAAGGACCAGGGAGCAGAGGGCCAAGCCAGGACCCCAGCAGAUGGAGAACUUGAAGUUUUCGCCCCCACCAAGGGGCUGCCGGGACAUCUCGGCACUCCCUGCCCGGGCUCACAGCAUCCCUGCCGUUGGCGCAAUAAGGGCUGGAUUACCGGCCCGGGCUGUCCAGCCUCCCCCGCCCCCGCACCUCCCUCCCUUCCCUGGCCAGCCUGGCAAGCCUGACUCACCUGACAAGGGUUGCAAGCAGCCCAGCUCCUUUCUGUCUCUUGCCCCCUCUCUCUUGUCUUCAGGGAAUUAAGAGGAUUGCUCACCAAGGCCAUAAUGACCCCUUGCCUUCCCAUGAUUCUCUUCAAAGCUCUUGGAACACCCCUUUCCCGUUUAAUUUGUGAGGUAGGCAGGGUAGGGAAUAGUGUCCCCAUUUUACGAAGGACAGAACUGAGGGUUGCAAUGGGGAAGUGACUUACGAAGUCUCCCAGAAGGUCAACAGUUGACCCAGGACCAGGACCCAGCAUGUCCAGACUCUGGGCCAGGGCCCUUCCCACCGCAUCAAGAUGCCAGUCGCAUGGGGGCUUCCCCAGCGCCCAAGUCUCUGUGGAGAAUGAGAACUGGAAGCCACUUGCUACCAUCUGCCCAACACCGUAGUGCCAAUGUGUCACACCGCCCGGUUGAGGCCCCUCCCACUCAGUGCCCCUACCCGCUCCCGGCCC